AUGGAUAUCCCAGGUUCCGCCGGCAUUCUACGACAAGCGAGUAAAAAACUCCUUCGUAAGCUCAUACGAAACGAUCGGUACUUGCUCGAUAGAAUUCAAAGUGAACUGUACGCGUUACAUCUGGAAUGCAGUAUUUUGUUAUCCGAGGAGGAUUUUAAACACUGUGAUCGUAUUACAUACUUGCAGGCGGAACGAUCUGGUGAGUUUAGUGCACAAAAACUUAACCGUAAAUACGAGAUACUACUAAGUAAAAAUAUCUCGAAAGUAACUCACUUAGAUAACUCGAUCCAAAAUGAUACGGUUAUUAAUAUGUCAGACAAAGAUCUAAGUGAGCCUGCAUUACGGGCCUUGGAGAAGGGUCUUAACUUUGCUCCGUCUCCAAAACACAUUCCUUAUGAAACAAUAAUUGGUAAUAUAGAGGAAACCAUACAUCAUAACAGAAUUACUGGGUAUGACGCAGAUUCAUUAAGACAGGAUAUUGCGGUUGUAUUGCGCCAAGCUAGAAGCCCAAAAAGCAACUUAACCUCUCAAGAAUUCGCAGCGCUAAAAGAUUUACGUAAGGAUGACCAGGUUCUAGUACUAAAGGCAGACAAAGGUAAUACUACAGUAGUUAUGAAUGUUUCCACUUAUGACAGUAAAAUGACUGAUUUACUUAGUGACAAAGGCACAUAUAAAAAAGUUAAGUACAACCCUACUGCAAGAGUGGCACGAAAAACGUGUGAACUGAUUAGAAGAUAUCAACAGUGUCUCCCAGAUCAUGUUGUUAAAUAUCUUCUAAGACCACCUAAGACUACCUAA